UUUCCGAGUGUGGCAUUUCUGCCAUUCUGGGGGAUUGCAUCCAUUUCCAUCAUGUCCACAUGGUUUACGUUUUGCGUGUUUAUUAAAGUUCAAGAUUUAAAGGAACUCGAAUAAUAAUACAAAUAUAUUAAUAUAUUACGGCGAUUACUUUCGUUGUUGAUUUUUAUAUAUACGAUCAAUUUUGGCACAACAGAUCAAAAUGCCGAAGGGAAAAACGAAAAAGUUCAUCGACAAGAAGAAUGCCGUUACCUUCCACUUGGUUCAUCGCUCGCAAAAGGAUCCAUUGGUGGCGGAUGAAACGGCACCGCAAAGAGUCCUCGUGCCAGCUGCCGAUACGCAGGCGGCCAAAGCGGAGAAGAAGUCAAUAGACGGUGAAAAACGCAAGGAGGAGCAGCAAAAGUAUGGGAUUUACUUUGACGACGACUAUGACUAUUUGCAACACCUUAGAGAUGUCAACACGCUGUCAGUGGAGUGGGAGCGUGUCGAGAACACGAACAAGUCCAAAGGCGAUGAGGGUACUCCGAAAAUUAACUUGCCGUCGUCCGUGUUUGCGUCGAACGUCGAGGAGAAAGUUGGUAUGCUCAAUAAAGCGGCGCCAGUCUCCGGGCCGCGGCUGGAUCUCGACCCGGAUGUAGUCGCUGCGAUGGACGACGAUUUUAAUUUUGGCGACCCCGAAAAUGAGCUGGAAGAUAAUUUCAUAGAAUUGGCUAAUGCCGGAAAUAGCGACAGCGAGGAUUCCGACAGAGAAUAUGAAUAUGAAUUGAACGAACCGGAAAAUGAAUCAGAUGUCUCAUCUGAUGGUCACAUGGACUUGUCUGACGAGGAGGCAGAUGAAGUGUGCAGUUUAAAUGGACCUCAAUAUACUUUUAAGGAUGAGGAAACCAAAUCGAGAUUCACAGAGUAUUCUAUGAGCAGUAGCGUGAUGAGAAGGAACGAACAACUUACAUUGCUGGAUGACAAAUUUGAAAAGAUGUAUGGCGCGUACGAUGAAAAUGAAAUUGGUGCUUUAGAUUGUGACGAAAUAGAAGGAUAUAUCGCGCAUGACUCGGAUCGCAUUAUGCAAUGUGUCACAGAAUUUGAAAAGAAACAGAAAGAAGCUACGGAAAAUAUCACGGAGCUUAUGAAAGAUAGAAUGAAGAUUGUAGAAUAUCCGAGCUCAGAAGAUGAAGCUUUAGAAAAACUUGUCGUCGAUGCUCGCGAGAAGGAUAAAUGGGACUGUGAAAGCAUUAUAAGCACAUACAGCAACAUUUACAAUCACCCUAAAUUAAUUUCAGAACCUCCCAAGCGAUCGAAGAAAAUUGAAAUCGAUCGAAAAUCUGGUAUUCCGAGAAACGUACUGGGCAAUACUGGAAAAUUAACGGCUGAAACUUUGGCCCAAUUUAAUUUGGAAAAUAAUGCGCUGAAGGGUCCACAAUCCGUAGCGGAAAGUAGAAAAUCUACUUUAAGCGUUUUAAGUAUAAGGCCCAAGGGGGAAACUGCCGAUGCGAGAAAAGAAAGAAAACAGAUGCUCAAGGAAUACAGAAAAGAAAGAAGGAUAGAGCGAAAGGCGAACGCCGAAGCGUUUAAAGAGGAAAAGAAACGCCAAGAGAAGAUUCGAUUGAAUAACAGGCAGAACAUUCAAGGAACUCGUAUAAUAUAGGAUCUUUAGUCAUAGUAAUGUUUUCUAAUUGUGACUGCGUCUUUUCAGAUUGCAGAUAAUAACUUUAUGUAUAAAAGAUAUACAUUGUUGUACAUUAAAAACGUUACUGAGCUAGGUUAAAUAUAUAUCUGUAUUACACAAACAUUUAAAAAAA